AUGAAAUUCACAAGGAACUUUAAGGCUCUGAGAUGCCUUACGACACGCUUUGAAUCUACAAGUGUCAUUGGUUAGAUCUUUGUAAAUGGCAGCUGGAAAACGUACCCAAAAGCGGCAGACAGCGUCGAAGAGGCCAGCUGAAUCAACACCAUGUUCUUCAUCAGUUUCGUGUUUGGAGGAGGAUUCAUCAGCUCAUGGGCAUCCGAAACGUUUCAAAAGCACAUCCUCUAACCAGGCAUCCGAUAUCUAUUCAAGAACACUGGAAUCCGCAAUUAAAGAUUCGUUAAAGCUGAGUGCAAGCUGUAGAAAGCCUUUGGUUCUGUAUUUAUACGGCUGUGAUGAUGAUAGACUGUUGAAGUCGAAAACAGUCUCAGAAUAUCUUUGCAAUAGAUUCGCAGUUUGGGCACGGAAACUUGAUACAGACGAAAAUAAGAAACAAACAUUUUCAUUGUUAAAAAAGGAGUUUGGGAGCGAUAUUACAAAGAAGGUGAAACAAUACGAACAAAACCGUCUACCUAUAGUACUAGUCUUGGGAAAAGUGCAGUGCAGUUUGGUUAUUCUUGGUGAGUUGGACAAGGUUCAAGAUCCAGUGAAAUUCCAAGCAUUCUUGGAAUCAGUUUUAGAGGUAUUUCCUGAUAUGAUCAGACCAGAAAUAUUAUCUGAAAGUUUGAGAGAAGAGAGAGCUUCUUUGAUACGAGAGCAGGAUCAAGAGUAUGAGGAGUCACUAAAAAAGGAUAGAGAAAAAGAACAGAAAAAACGACUUCUAGAAGAAAAUAAGCGACUGGAAGAAGAAAAACGAAAACAACAGGAAAUUCGAUACCAGAAAGAAGAAGAGAAAAGAAAACAAGUAUUGCAGUCUUUAAAUCAACAAUUAUCUGAAGAACCAAAUGUCAAUUUAAACAAACCGAUCACAAUAUUGCGCUUUCGAACACCAGCUGGAGAUGUAUUGACACGCCGAUUUUUCGUUGAAAAUACAUUGAGGACGGUCCUUAAUUUCGUGGAAGCGAAUGGUUUCAGUAUUGAUUGUUUUAAGAUCCUUGCGUUUCAUCCUAAACAAGAUAUAACUCAAUUAGACAGAGAAAAAUCGAUUGAAAAUCUUCAGUUAUACCCACGCCUAACUCUUUACAUUCACCGUAGACAUUAAAGAACAUUUGUCUUC